GCGAAGCAAUCCAUCUGGCGGAGUCAGGUUAUGACUCAGAGCCCGUUUACUCGAAAUACGACAUGGACAAGUGUAGAAACGUAAAGAAGUGUCAGCGUUCAAGGGUGUGGGAAAAGUUUUCUCUAUUAUCCCCGAAUAAGGUUUGGUGUUUACUGUGCCAACAAGAACUGGAAUACAUCAAUACCUCUACAAUGUUGAGGCACCUCCGUACUAAACACGAAGCAGCAGCAGCAACAUCAACAUCCAGUGCUCCGCCCAGCGACAACAUUCAAGGCAGUGUUAAUUCAUUUGGAGUCAAACCCUGUGCUUUGGCUGUUGAGGGAGCUGCAAAGAUCAGUGACAUGACAUGUGAAGAGGUACCCGAGAUCUGCAUCUUAAAGACUCGCGAGUUGUUGUUAAAUGCUCAGCUCCUGAUGUAUGAUAUAGAGGAACUUCUGGACUGUUGUACAUCAGCAAGCCCCUGCAACCAGAGACGGUGCAGAACGAUUCAGCAGGAGUGUCAGGCCAGCAUAGAGGAGGACGGAGAGACCUUGAUCAUAGAGGGCUUCAGGUUUGAGAGUGCGGUCAGCAGAGAGGACUGGCUGAGAUCACAGACUGGUGGAAGAGGAGGAUGCCAGGGCGACACUUGAGUGAUGGCUACCUUAGUGGUUUCAUCCCACAAAGUCAACAAGGCCAAACGAUGGCCUUGGUAACGGCAGAGCAGUCCUAUGCUCCUCCCCCUCCGCCCAUGGCUCCGCCCAGCCCUGGCACCACAGGAGGAGGAGGUGGUGGUGGUGGAGGAGGAGGUCAUGGAGGAGGGCUAGUGGAGCAGCUUAGUAAGACCAACCUGUACAUCAGAGGCCUUCCGCCUGCCACCACCGACCAGGACCUCAUCAAACUCUGCCAGCCAUAUGGGAAGAUUGUGUCAACAAAGGCCAUCCUGGACAAGAACACCAACCAAUGCAAAGGCUAUGGCUUUGUGGACUUUGACAGCCCUGCUGCAGCCCAGAAGGCUGUGGCCUCACUCAAAGCCAGCGGAGUCCAGGCACAGAUGGCGAAGCAACAGGAACAGGACCCCACCAACCUUUACAUCUCGAACCUGCCACUGUCCAUGGAUGAGCAGGAGCUGGAGAACAUGCUGAAGCCCUUUGGUCAUGUCAUUUCCACGCGGAUACUGAGGGACGCCAAUGGCCUGAGCAGAGGAGUCGGCUUUGCUAGGAUGGAGUCGACAGAGAAGUGCGAUGUGGUGAUUCAGAAUUUCAACGGGAAAUUCUUGAAAACCCCUCCAGGCAUGACAGCCCCUGCAGAGCCGUUGCUGUGCAAGUUUGCUGACGGAGGCCAGAAGAAGAGGCAGACCCAGGUCAAGUAUCCCCAGAAUGGCCGACCGUGGACACGGGACGGAGAGAGUGGUAUGGCGUUGACGUAUGAUCCCACAGCGAUGCAGAAUGGGUUCUACUCUUCUCCAUACAGCAUCUCCACCAAUCGGAUGAUUGCACAGACGUCAAUCACACCCUUCAUCGCUGCCUCUCCCGUCUCCACAUAUCAGGUUCAGAGUACAUCUUGGAUGCCACAUCAACAGUAUGUUAUGCAACCUACAGGUGCUGUGAUCACCCCAGCAACGGCUCUAGAGCCCAGUUUGUCUCUUCACCCCUCCAGUGUAAUGGCUCCUCUCACCCAGCAGAUGAACCACCUGUCUCUGGGCACCACAGGCACCAAACCACAAAGCCACACACAUGGAAAUUGCCUUUUUCUGUUUGCUGAAAUGUGCGAUGACCCUGGGACCAAGCCAAACUAUUAUUACAUGCCUGCUGCAGCGGCUGGUCCUAUGCAAGGAACCUACAUUCCCCAGUACACUGCAGUGCCUGCCUCUGCCAUCACAGUGGAAGGCAUGGUGACAGACCCAUCUUCGCAGACAGCCGCCCCCUCCUCCCAGGACGCCAGCGGGCAGCAGCCUUUAACAGUGGAGAAUACAGGAGAUCAUGCCACAGCCUACUCUUACCAGCAGUCGAAAUAACAAGAUUGGUAGGAAUCAUUGCUGCAUUGCCUUUAGAAGGACUGCACUGAGGCUCUGGAGACACAAAGAGAAUCAAAAUGAAACGGGGACAAAAAAAAA